AUCACUUCCAUUGUUUUAUAUAAUAACCGAAUAAUGAAAAUAACUCCAUUGUUACACAUCUGUUGUUUUUUGUAUUUUAAUUACAAUUAUGGAAAUGCUAUUGAACUUAAUGAAGUAAAAAGUUAUUUGGCAGAUGUCAAUAGUACAAUGUGGAAUAUUGUUAAAAACUAUGGGCUUUCAAAUUUACCCGUACCAGAUUAUCAACUUCCAUAUAAUGUAAGUUGUUUUGGAUAUAAGUUGCUAGGAUCUUUGUACUUAAAGGAUGGAUUUGCAUUUGACUUUUCUAAAUUUCUAGUAGACGAAAGAAAAAUCGAACAAAGAUUUAUACCAAUAAAAGAACCCAAUCAGUAUACUAUUAAGGGAGUGAUUGAAAUUAAAAAAAUGCAAAUAUUCCAAGAUUUUAAAUUCGAAUUUCAAAAUAUAACAAAUUAUACAGAUAAAGCAAUUGGAUCUGUUAUCAUUGAACCAGAUAUAUUUACAUUUUUAUUUAAUAUUACAGUAUCGUUUCCAAGUAAAGAGAUAGUUGCAAUAGUUGACAGUUUAUCAGAUAUUAAACCUGGAUUGAAAUUUUAUCCCAACAAUGGAUUAACACAAAGAUUGCGUAAACAAUUUUUUUAUGAAGCUGCCAAAAAGAAAGAAUUUGUUCUCGAUAAAUUAAGAAUCGAAUGGAAACCAAUAUUUGAUACAUUUUUAAAAGAAGCUGUAAAACAAGUGAAUUUUCCCAAAUUUAAUAUUGAAUAAAAUUGACAAAAAAGAGAGAAUUUUUUUUCCUGAAUAAUGAUAACUUUUUGUAGAA